AUAACGGUUGGAAUGUUCAAAUCUUCGAUGCUAGAUUUGCUACUUCUGGCCUGGAGUGGAUACUGAGCUAAAGAGAGCCACUGAAGAAGGAGCAAAGAAACCAAAUAAAGGAGGUGAAGAGGAGCCUGGCUACGGAAUGACGGUGUUGCAGGAACCUGUCCAGGCUGCUGUCUGGCACGCUUUGAACCACUACGCCUACCGAGAUGCUGUUUUCCUGGCAGAGCGGCUCUAUGCUGAGGUUCACUCCGAGGAGGCACUCUUCUUGCUGGCCACCUGCUACUACCGUUCGGGGAAAGCUUACAAGGCCUACCACCUCCUGAAAGGACACAGCUGUACCACGCCACAAUGCAAAUAUCUCCUUGCCAAGUGCUGUGUGGAACUGAGCAAGUUGGCAGAGGGGGAACAGAUCCUGACCGGAGGAGUCCUGAACAAACAGAAGAGCCAAGAUGACAUAAUUACUGAGUUUGGAGACUCGGCCUGCUUCACACUGGCACUGCUGGGACAGAUCUACUGCAAAACAGAUCGGUUAGCAAAAGGAGCUGAAUGCUACCAAAAGAGCAUGAGUGAGAACCCCUUCCUGUGGUCUCCAUUCGAGUCUCUCUGUCAGAUCGGGGAGCGACCGGAUCCAGAACAGAUCUUUAGAUUGACCUCCUUGCAGAGCUUCAGUGGGGGCAGCGGAGGAGGCAUCCUACCGCCUCCUAUCAGCCCUGCACACACACCUAGCAACAACAUGGGUCACCGGCAAGUCGAUACGGUCCUAAUGGAGACCCCCCAGGACACACUAGAACUAAACCGCCUCAAUCUAGAAUCUUCUAACUCCAAGUACUCUUCCCUCAAUACGGACUCCUCUGUGUCCUACAUCGAUUCCUCCAUCAUCUCGCCAGACUCUGUUCCACUAAGUACAAGUGGCUCACUGCUAUCCAAGCAGGUACAGAAUAAACCCAAGAGUGGCCGAUGUCUACUGGGGGGCACGACCACACUUAGCCCCCUCACACCAAGUUUUGGAAUUUUGCCCCUGGAGCCAAGUCCGGGUGACCCCACCUACUUGCAGAAUUACGGUCACAGUGGGACUGGGAUGGAACCGCCUCCACCACCUGGCCCGCCAAAGAAGGCCAUCAGUAGAAUCAGCCAAGUAGGGACAAAGUCAGUAUUUUCACAGAGUGGUAACAGCAGAGAGGUCAUUCCAAGCCCUUUCAACCUAACUCAGACCACAGCCCCACAGACCAGUACUACACCGCAAGUGCUGAGCCCAACCAUUGCUGCUCCACCAAAUGUGCAGCCACGGCGGAGCUCAAGACUCUUCACCAGUGCCAGCUCUACUGCCAAGGAGAACAGCAAGAAGCUGAAAAUGAAAUUCCCCACCAAGAUUCCCAACCGAAAAACAAAAACAAAAACGGGUAAAGGAGGAAUCACUUCAUCUAACCUGAAUGAAAGCAUCGAGAUUCUCAAGCUAGACUCUUCCAUAACAGAGGGCAAAGGCAACAUCAGCUUGCCGCAGUUCCAGGCCUUUAAUCUACAGAAGGCAGCUGCAGAUGGGCUGAUGACGUUGAUGCGGGAUAUUGGGAGGGGCUAUCUUGCGCUCUGCUCAUAUAGCUGUAAAGAAGCCAUUAACAUAUUAAGCCAGUUGCCUUCACACCACUACAACACAGGCUGGGUGCUAGGACAGAUCGGACGAGCCCACUUUGAACUGGCUGAAUACAUGCAGGCGGAAAGAAUUUUCUCAGAAGUGCGGCGUAUUGAGACCUAUCGAGUGGAAGGUAUGGAGAUCUAUUCCACAACGCUCUGGCAUCUGCAGAAAGACGUGGCGCUCUCUGCCCUCUCUAAAGAUCUUACUGAUAUGGACAAAAACUCACCUGAGCCCUGGUGUGUAGCUGGAAACUGUUUCAGCUUGCAGCGGGAGCAUGACAUUGCCAUUAAGUUCUUCACACGGGCCAUCCAGGUGGACCCCAGCUUUGCAUACGCAUACACACUUUUGGGGCAUGAGCUGGUGCUCACAGAGGAGCUGGAAAAAGCCCUGGGCUGCUUCCGUAAUGCUAUCCGCCUCAAUAAACGUCACUACAAUGCCUGGUACGGCUUGGGAAUGAUUUACUACAAGCAGGAGAAGUUUAACCUUGCUGAGAUUCAUUUCAAGAAGGCUUUGAGCAUCAAUCCUCAGAGCUCUGUGCUCCUCUGUCAUAUCGGAGUGGUUCAACAUGCUUUGAAGAAAUCAGACCAUGCACUGGAGACCCUUAACAGAGCCAUUAGCAUCGACCCCAAGAACCCGCUAUGCAAAUUCCAUAGGGCUUCAAUUCUGUUUGCCAAUGAAAAGUACAAGGCGGCUCUGCAGGAGCUUGAGGAGCUGAAACAAAUAGUGCCCAAAGAGUCACUAGUUUACUUCUUAAUAGGAAAGGUCUAUAAGAAGCUUGGCCAGACUCAUCUGGCACUAAUGAACUUCUCUUGGGCCAUGGACUUGGACCCCAAAGGGGCAAAUAAUCAAAUCAAAGAGGCCAUAGAUAAGCGAUACCUCCCAGAUGACGAUGAACCUGUCACUCCUGAUGACUAUCCUUAUUAUUCAACAGCGGAAGUGGAGGAGUCACAGGAGAGCAGUAUGACUGACGCUGAUGACACACAGCUCCACACCACGGAGAGCGAUGAGGUUCUGUAGCCCCCUGACACCACUUUGGACUUGCUCUGAAAUAAUGCCAAUCUGGGGGCUACUCAAAGACUCCAGCUCUGAUAGAGGAGGAAGAUGAAAAAAAGGAAAACAAACUGCUGCUAAUAACAGUACCUCUUCAUUUCUGUAAUUUUAUUUUCAUCAUUCGUUCUUGCCUUCCCCCCCCCGCCCGCAUCAUCCUUCCUGUCAUCAUGACUUAGCGGUCUCCCAUCGGUCUGAUCUUCUGGUCCUGUCUCAUCCCAUUGUCACUGUCAGGCAUCCUUCAGUGCAGACACAAUCACUUGAAGAUUUCAAGUUCUGUCUGAGCUCAAAUUUCCCACACCUGCCGAUUACUCCGCUGUCUUCAAGUCAGUUGUCAACCUAAGACUCAAAAAGUAGAAGAAAAAAAAAAAAGCCACAGACAUUCAUGGAUGUUCCUGUCUUAAUGUUUAGGCCUUUUAUGUUAUUUUAUCAGCAUUUGCUCUGAAUAAAGACCUGUGUAAGAGUUGGUAGUCCUUUGAUUCCUCUCCCCACUGUUUUUUUUUUUUUUCAUCAUGGCACAUACUUGCAGGAGAAAAAGCACUUUCUGCCCAAAUCAAAAAAAAAAAGUGUUGCAUAUGCUUAAGAGAAUAUGGAUUUAUACUUAAAUGUUUACUGCAUAUCUUCUAUCAGAUUGCAAUCUGUUUAGAAGAAAAAUCCUAUCCUACUAAAAGUAUCUAAAGGAUGGAACUAGUUCUGGAUGAUGCAGACCUUUUCAUCUGAUUCAAGCUGAUUGUUUGGACUUGUGUAUGAAUGAUGCUUAGAAGCACUUCCUAUGUUUGAUAAUUUUUUUGUCUUGAUCAGAACAAUAUUCCACCCUCACAGUAACCCGUAUUUUAUGCUCCAAAAAGAAACGUAAUUUAGCUUCGGGACAUUCUGAAUCCACAUGUCAGGCUGCAAGAGAAUUGCGACAAGACCUUGAUUAGAGAAUUGUUGAUUUAAAUGAAUGGUGCGUGUCCCCCUUCCCCAUCUCCUUUAGUCAAGUGUUUAGAAAACAAGGCCACAGUGUCCAAAUUAACACGAUAUUGUAUGGCACAGUGACCAGUGGUCAGACUUGAGACAAUUUUCUGAAAUGUUGGUGCUGUUGAGGACAAUACUGAUGAACGUGCACAAAGUAUCUUUCAUGGAUUUUAUUUUACCAGAACAUGUUUAUUAUUAUAAAAAUGUUUUUGAUCUCUGCUAAAUGCUUCUUAAUUGUAGAUUUUAAGGAAUUAAAAAGUUAAAGAAUAAACAACUUUGAAAGUC